GUUUGCAGAGUGGGCCAUCCAUAUGGUACGGCAUUAAAAUGCCCGACCUUACAUCGUACAUCAUCAUCGCCAUUUCUUGCGAGGCCAUGUACGACGCCCGGCUGUUCAACCAGUCGGCGGGCUUGGAUACCGGUUACAACGGCGGCUCCGAUGAGCGCUGUGCUGUGUACGACAAGCCGCUCUUCGCAGACCGCAGUGAGGCCGGCAUAUACAAGUUCGACAAAGAACGGAUGGAGCAGCACGAGGGCAAGUUCAGGAACCUGGGCAAGUCCUCGUUCUCUGGGGGGGCCGGCGCGGACUCCUCGGAGCCGCAGUCCGUGCUGCCGCGCACCGGGCCGGUGGAGUUCGAGCGGGAGG